GGUGUCAAUUUCUCAAGGCGUCUCACGCACGGCACGGUGCGUAGAGCGCCAUGCUCUCAAGAUGGACACUUCGCGCUCCUCAAGCGCAUCGCUCGCGCCAACUGCAUGUGGUUCGCAGGAAGGACUGAGACUGCGGCGAUCGCAUCAAGGUUUGGGCGGCGUGAGUAAGUCAAUGUCAUACACAGUCGCGGUGCGUCUCAUGCGUGUCGUGAAACACACGGCAUGCGCCCGUGUUGCGGUACGUCACAUUGGAUAUACGACGUCCAUAGUGUCGUUGCAGCUCCAAUAUUCCCAUGGCUCAAGUCGCCGUCGCCGUCGAGAGAGGGCUGAGCAUGCACCAGAAGAGGAUGACAGGGCCACUACUUCUCCGCGUUCAAUUUCCUGAACGGGGUAGGGGAUGCAGACAUUGAGCACUGGGCAAGCUCUCCACCGCUCGUGCCCUUGUGGAGCCAUAGAUCGCGCACCACCAACCAGUGUGUCAACUGCUGUACCAGUCUCGAAGCAGUCGUGAUAUUGAUCCAUGCAAUACGGCUGGUGUAAAAGCGUGUUGCAUUACCAAUAUGGCGACUGGCCGUCCUGCACUACUUUCGGCCCCUACGAU